CCAGGUUGCGCCUUAUUUUGGAAACUUCAUAAUGACCUCUGUAUGUUAUCUGUCGCAUGCAUGCGUAGAGUCAUUGCUGGGAGUUCUAGAGCAUAAUUUGCAAGCUUGUGUUGAAUCUAGAUUUACGAAUAACACGGUAGCCGACUUUGCACACAACAGACAGAUUAAAUAAUAAUUAAAUAAGCAGUCACCGCACUUAUUCGAUUUAUCAUGUGGAGCUACUCUACUGUAGUUACAUCCAAGAAUUCGAGAAUGCACCAGCAAAAAGUCAGCAUAUGAAAGGAGCCAAUCGAAAUUCUAGCACGGCGUUCUUUAUCAUUGUUGCUGUAGCCGCCCUGCUGCCCGCAAUUCAUGCUUUAGAGCCGCGAAAUGCCACCAACAAUGAAUAACAACGGUCUUUCCCGUGAAGAUAGACUAAGCAACACUGAGGAAGCAACGGGGUAUAUUUUCACCAACCCUGAGCUGUGUCUAGACGCCCUCCGGACAGCGGGGUAUACCCCAGGAGGAGGACACAAAGGCUUGGCCCAAGUUGGAGACGCUGCUCUGAGGCUAGUUCUGGUCAUGGUUGGCUACGAGAAGGGAGCAUCAAGGGAACAGAUCAAUGACGCGUUAAGAGUCAGGGCAUCAAAUAUCCAUCUCGCUAGGCAGGGAUUCGAAAAAUGCUUGGAAAAAUGCGUGUAUCGAACCGAGGGGGUCGUUGUCUCUCAGAAAAUCAUGGCUACGACUGUCCAAGCCGUCCUAGGAGCUGUUUAUAUCGACUGCGAGCAAAACACCUCCGUUUUCCAGGGAGUGAUCAAGGCCUUGGGUCUCUCUUGGCCUGAGAAAUAAAAUGAUUCUGUAAUAAAAAGCCCUCUGGAUGAUUUAUUAAGUGCCGAUGGCGAACUCCGCACUUGGACUGCAAGUGCCCAAGUUGCUACUAGCAAAUAGGAUAACAUACGAUCGGAAACAAGGUAAAAUUUUGUAAGAUGGCCUGGAGAAGGGGGCUUGUUGUUUUCGUGAGUGGGUUGAUAGAGAAUGUGGAUUAACGACCAUUAGUGUAUUUGUUCGACUGAAUGAUUUUCUGGAUGUAGGUUUAUUUGCGAGAUGUGAAUUUCUGAUUUCAAUAUAGCCAAGCGGUUACAAUAUACCGUUUCAUGCCAAAAAAAAAAUCCUGUUCUUGUUAUGCAAUGUUCUCGUUACAACUAAGCAUCAGGAAAGUGGUGUCUAUAAUGCAUGCAUAAAGUCUUCAAACGCGCCGAACACCAGGCCCGACGCUGCCAGUAUCAAAAAGCUCAAUAAGGCCACAACCUAAGGUCUCUUCCAAAGCCCAUCGGAAGUUCAUCCCAUAGAGCUCUUUCCAUUUCUUUGUUUUCCCAGGUAAAACACCAGCAGAUUCGCCUCGUGCUCGUUUGGCGGCGUUGUGAUAUACAUCAGACUCAACAGCACCAUCCCAGCGGUCCUUAAGAAGAGUUAAAGGCGCUUCGCCGGAGCUAGACCUCUUGAGGAGAGCCAUUAUUUGUGUUCGAGCCGCUCCUAGCAGACGGAGGUAAGGACCCAGGUUGGGUAUGGAAAGAAACAUAGUGGUAUUUCCAAAUUUCCCUUGUCUGGAUGCUGCUGUUUCUUGCCCCGGCGACCCUGCGCUAGAAGCAUGGCUUCUUGCCGGGGAUGAGAUGGAGGCAAGAGAGGUGUCAAAAGAUGGAUGUUUACCUAAAGACGAGGGGGACACGAGAAAACCGGCUCGGACUAAAGCUGAGGUCUCCUCUGGCGUGAAGGUACCAGCUGCAACGGCAGAUGUCUUGGUAUUUUUGCACAAAAUUUCAAGGAAUUUUUCUACCCUCAGAAUCACCCAGCCCAGCAGAAUUUAAUCCGCGCCCGGGAAUGAAAAGCCUUCGAACCUGAGCAGAAUCAACGAGAUCAACGAUCUCUCUCUCGACUUUAGUUGGCGCAUCCAGUAACAUAUGGACAUGCGCAACGGAAACAAUAGGUGGGAGAGCACGGCGAAAAUUUAAAACCUCCGCGAUCCGGGUGCUGUUCAUCCCUGCUCUUUCCGGGAGGUCACUGAACAUAGUAUUGCGGAUAUACUGGACGGCCUGGAUUACACUGUUUACUACCGUUGUUUCGGAUAUAUAUUGGGAUGGGCCAAUAUCAGGGAGGAUACUAUCAUUGCUGCUGUCUAACGCCGUCUUGCCAACGGCAUUUGAAACGAUAGUAGCAUUUGGACUGCGGAAAGGUUUCGCGCGUGGGUGGCGUGCGAAUGGCGACUGACGCUUGGACGGAUGGGCACUUGAUGAUUUCUUGAUUCGCGAAGACUGGGCAGCUGUAAAAUGAAGGGACAUCACGCACAGUGUCCCACACACGGAGCCAGGUAUAUGGAUAAAGACGAUGCAAAUUCCAUUGAAGAAUGAAACGGGGCAAUUUAAUUACUGGAUUCUGGAAGC